AUGGCACAAUAUUUUGAUUUUUCAACAAGGCAGUCUUCUCUAUCGGAAAUUCAUGACAAUUCCAUUGUUGUCGCAAGUACAAUAACAUCAAUUACGAAUGAAAUUAUAGAUGUUUUACAGCUAGAAGAUAAUGAAAAUAAAGAUGAAAUCAUUAAUGAUUUGUUAGAAAAUGGUCGAGAAUCAUUAGUUAAAUAUCAAGAAGAUAUUACACACGAAAUCUAUACAGAUGUUAUGAAUAGCAAUGAUAAUAAACUGAUUAUCUUAUUAAAAAAAUAUUUUCAACAAAAAUGGGAAACACAAUAUGGUAUUUCUCAUCAAUGGUUUAUUUCAUUUCUUAGACAAUAUCAAAAUGGAGAAAAUCAUUAUACAUAUGAACAUAUUUUAACUCGUACAACUGAAUAUGGAAACAUGUAUAUGAAAAAUGAUCCAAUAUUAUCAAUUGUUUUACAACUUCUAUUUGAGUGUAUUGAUGAUGAAUGUUUGAAAGAAACAAAUAUCUUCAAUGAUCUAUGGUUCUCAAUAACAAGUGAUGGUUUAAAAGCAAUAACAAAUUAUUCUGAUUAUAUUGUUGAAGAUGUUAUGAAUGAACAAUUAAAUAAAAGUCAGUCAAUAUUAUUUCAAGCAUUACGUGAAUAUAAUCGUCAAGCAGUAUUUUCACUAUUAAAACAAAACAAUAUUGUGGAUGAACAAAAUUUGUAUGAUUUAAUAUUAGAUGAUAUUACUGAACAUGAAGAAAGUGAACAUAUCAUAAUUCCAUUGGAUGUUUCUGACAAUAUAACAGUUCGAUUUCGACAGACCGAUGUUCUUUAUCGAGUACGUACACAUCAAAAUAUGACAGUGAAAGAAGUGAUUGCUGAUGUUUGUCGACAAGCCAAUGCGAACAUCUGCAACAAUUGUUACUUAUGGUUUGAUUCACGUGAAUUAAAUAUUAAUGACACAAUCUAUCAAUCUGGUCUCUAUAAAUCAUCGAAUUCAACAAAAGAUCUGCCAGAAGUUCGUUUAAAAUAUAUACAGAUUCUUCAAUCAUCAACACAUAUUGGCACACAAAUUUCUCUUGCAUCACCCGAACAUAUUUCUUAUCAUGAACUUUUCAAUAUUCCUCUGCCAUCUACCAUAAAUAAUAUUAGCCCGACUGUUGUGAAGGAAAUCGCUGAACAAAUUAUUCAACAUUCAUCAUCGGUUUCUCAAUCAUUAUGUAAUAGUGGCACAGUAUUGAUUCCAUUACCAAAUUGUUCAAAACAAUCAAUUGAUUCACUUCCAACAAUAGUGUUAACGGCACCCCUAUCACCAAAUCAAUUCGAUUGGAAUGUAUUUCUGGAUUGCUUAGCAGAUGAUCUUGAGAUCAACCGAACUGAUUUAAUUAUUGUAAAUGUAGAAAAAGGUAGUACAAAAUUUAUGAUCAAAUUACGAACAAAAUUAUUACAAGCUUCAGAAAUAGUAAAUAAAGUUGCAAGAAAACUACUAUUUAUGUGUUUACCCAAGUGUAAAAAAUUUGUUGAUGAAUAUACAACAUCAACGACAAGUGAUAUAAGAGUUGAAUUGGAAAAUUUUGCUAACGAAAAGGUCAUUGAAGAUAAAACUUCUCUCUCUUUUGAAGAGAUUGAUGUUGCUCUUCGUCUUUGCGAACGACCUGCAAUUAUCAAUGAUACCAGUUGGAAAUUUUUGCAAGAAAAGAGUCGUCAAAUCCAUACAUGUGUUAUACAAUCGAUUCAAUCGUGUCGUGAUGAAUAUGUUAUUGAUCAUGCUUCGAUUGUUUAUAAUGAACAUAUUUAUCAUGAAUACCAAAGCUUAACAACUACUGAUAAAAACGAGAAAAUCUUAUUUCAUGGUACAAAUACGAUUAAUUUUAAUGGAAUAUUCGAAAAAAAUUUUCAAUAUAUUUCUCAAGCAAAACGAACGGAUGAAGGUUGGUAUGGACAAGGUAUUUAUUUUAGUAGCUCGCCAGAAAAAGCUUUAAAUUAUGCUAAAUCGAAUUCAGCUUUUUCUUAUCUAAUAUGUAGUCUUGUUCGACUGGAUAAAAUAUUAACUGUUACAGACAUGAAAUAUAAAGGUAAACCUAUGCAUUCCGAUUACGACACUCAUUAUAUACCCAUAAGAAUCAACGGGGAUCCUAUUUCUAGAGGAGAAAUUCCAUGUUUUGAAGAAUUUGUUAUUAAGAAGAGCGAUCAAAUUAUACCAUUGUAUAUUGUUGGAUUAUUAAAGGUAUCUCGUUUUGUUAUUUGGCGUGAUGCAAAAAUUACAAAUGAAUUUAACUCUUCUAUAUUCGAAGACAUGACACAACGGUAUACUUAUAAUAUCUAUGGUACACAAACAAGUAUUGAAGCACUCAAUAUCUUAAAUAUUAAAUUAACGAAUAAUGACUCUAUGAAAUGUGUUAUAGUAACGAACGGAGCAGAUGAUGGUGAAGACUUUGUAAGACAAUGUCGAUCAAUACGAUCAUCUCUACCGAUCAUUAUUUUUUGUCAGAAUAAAACUUAUCAUCAACAAUGGGCUGCAAAAUUAUCACACCCUAAAAUUCAUGUAACUAGUAGCCCCACAGAUGUGUUUGAUUUUAUUACUAAUACAUUACAACAGUAA